AAAUAGUCUUCUCUCGUGAUUCCAUCUCUUCGGAACUAGGGUUUCGUCUUCCUUCUCGCAGCGCCGCCGUGAGAGAAAAUCAUUCCGAUGGCGAGAAUCAAGGUUCAUGAGUUGCGAGGGAAGUCCAAAGCGGAUCUGCUUACUCAGCUGAAGGACCUCAAGGCGGAGCUGGCCCUUCUCCGUGUCGCCAAGGUCACCGGUGGUGCCCCCAACAAGCUCUCGAAGAUAAAAGUGGUGAGGUUGUCAAUCGCGCAGGUGCUGACAGUGAUCUCGCAGAAGCAGAAGGCGGCGCUCAGGGAGGUUUAUAAGAAGAAGAAGCUCCUUCCCCUUGACCUCCGCCCCAAGAAGACUCGUACCAUCAGGCGCCGCCUCUCCAAGCACCAGUUGUCAUUGAAGACAGAGCGGGAGAAGAAACGAGAGCUGUACUUCCCAAUGAGAAAAUAUGCCAUCAAGGCAUGAGCAAGUUUUGGGCCUAGACUUUUUUCUUUUUUUCUCUCAACCAGUAGUACAUGCUCUAGUCGGUUUGUGUUCUUCCAGGAUGAAUGCUUUCUGUAUCCUUGAGUAUUCCUAUUUUGUUCUUAAUUUAAAACCUUGUCUGGAUUUAUUGAAGUUAAUGUCUGAGUGCAAUUUCCAAUCCUUUCAUCUUAUCA